GUAGAAUGCCAGAUUGUGCAUACCCUGCUGUGGCUAAUGUGGAAGAAUCUGAAUCAACUCUCCUGAUAAAGCCUGAAGAUAUCGUCUUCAAAGAACCAGGGAGCUCAGAAAAGACUCUCCGGACACUUCUGAGACCAAGUGAUAAAGUUGCCAAACACCACACCACAACUUCUUCUGAGAUCAGUGCAGUUGUAGGAGCCGUGCCUUCUCUCUGUUACCCCAUCUAUGGUGUUCCAACUGUCCGAUCCGAUAUUCCUGCCCCCCGGAUUCGUCGUGUCAGUGAUAGAACUAAUUAUGGAGAAGAAGGAAAUGCUUAUUCAUUACUGCAUCCUACCAUCUUUGCUGAGAAAGGAGUGUUUGAAAGGGACUUCUUCAAGACCAGGUCAAAAGAAGAGAUUUCAGAGAUAUUGUGUAACAUCGGUGUCAAGCUUUCUGAAGAAGAAUUUGAGAAUGUAUGGAAUCUUGCAUCAAAAAAACAUCACAGAGGAGAAGUUUGUAUUGAAAACAUCAGAAAUGUUCUGGAUGAACUGCAGCAUGCAGACCGGCUCAAGUGUAAAUCAACCAUGUGA